UCAGAUCAGCCUACCCUGUCUUACAAAUGGGAACCCCCUCUGAGGAGAAAGAAUCUAUGAGAUAUAAAGACCGCUUCUCUGUAGUCAUCCGCAAUAUAGUUCCAGUCUUUCUACUUUAACUUCCAAGAAUAUAAUUUUGAAAUUGAAAAUGACAGAACAGAGCGGUAACUCAAAGGAGGAUUUAGUAGCGAAAGCAAAAUUAGCCGAACAGGCUGAACGCUACGAUGAUAUGGCCGUAACUAUGAAAAAAGUGACAGAAAACGGAGUAGAAUUGAACAACGAGGAAAGGAAUUUGCUAUCGGUCGCUUAUAAAAAUGUCGUCGGUGCACGCCGGUCAUCGUGGAGAGUCAUCUCCAGUAUUGAAUCGAAAGCAGAAAACUGUGAGAGGAAGCUUGCGAUGGCUAAGCAUUACCGUGAAAAGGUUGAACUAGAACUUAAAGCAAUUUGUACAGAAGUAUUGGAACUUCUUGAGAACUAUUUGAUAUCAAAAGCAUCUACUACAGAGAGCAAAGUAUUUUAUUUGAAAAUGAAAGGCGACUAUUACCGGUAUCUUGCAGAGGUUGCCCAAGGUGAAGAGAGGAAAGGUGUUUUAGGGCACUCACAAUGUGCAUACAAAGACGCUUUUGAUAUUGCUAAAAACCAAAUGCAACCUACACAUCCAAUUCGACUGGGAUUGGCAUUGAACUUUUCUGUAUUUUAUUAUGAAAUUCUUAAUGCUCCAGAAAAAGCCUGUUGCUUAGCAAAACAAGCUUUUGAUGAGGCAAUUGCUGAAUUAGAUCAAUUGAAUGAGGAAUCUUACAAAGAUAGUACAUUGAUAAUGCAGCUUUUGAGAGACAAUUUAACACUAUGGACGUCUGAUACACAGUGUGGAGAUGAAGAAGGUGGUGAAGGAGGAGAUAAUAACUGAGAUGUGUCUGGCUGCAGCCUUCAGAACCUCAUUUGGUCAUGUACUAACAACCAUCAUCACAUACUGUUAUUACCUAUACCAAGCUCAAGAUGUCUUACUUUCUAGUUCUGUGAAAGCCAUCUGAUGGUGAUAUUGCUGACGAUCUUUGCUGAGGCUUCAAUUUGAUGCCUUCUCUUGCAUCAACAAAUAAAUUUUAUUAGGAACUAUUAAAUUAUUUAGGAAUUUAUUCUUAGCCCACCCAUUCUUUCAGAUACUUUAGUUAGAAUAUCAGUGUACUGUUGCCAAAUAUUAAAAUAUAAACAGGUAUCUUUUUCUUUAUACUAUGUAGAUGUGCCUGUUGGUGUUAUAUAUGCACUUUCUUAAUGUUGCAUAGUGUUUCUUCAUGUGCAUAUAUAAAUUAAUACACUCCUAUCAAGGAUUAAUUAAGUUGAGCUAUUUGCUAGCUUUAAUGGGAAAAUCUACAUUCUUAUAUUUCAAGUUUAAUAAGGUUCUGCUUGGUGAACUCUUCCUUUCCCCUACAGAUGGUUAUUGAUUCCAAUCAAUCACUCCAGUUAAGCUACUGUUGCACUACGGGAUCCAGUAGCCUCAGCAGUGCCUCACUGUAUGUGCUGCUCUCUGCACACUACUGUCUUUAGCCAGCUGUAGUGUUUAAGUAGUUGUAGUAUAUUCUUGUACUGCAACGGUCUGCUGCAUCCAGGCCAAUCAGAGACUGCUAUUCUAGCUAGAAUUUAGCUCUAUCAUUGAACAUAUCCAAGUGUUGUGUUUUGUGUUAAAGCAUGUGCAAAAGUUCUGUGGCCCAAGUACUUAAAAUAUAUAUAUAUAUUAACAAUGACCAAUAUUGGGGUGUGACUAGCAUUGAGCCUUGUGGCCUGCUAUUUCCUCAGAGGUUACUAUUUUGGCAUGAUAUGCUCUUUAAACUACAUACCAAAUAAAUGUUCCUUUCUCCAUGUGCUGUUGUCCAAUACUUUAUUGGUGUGAGAAUAAAAAAAAAAAUCUUCAUGCUUUUUACUCCCCAUGCGUUUUCAUCCAAAUUGGUUGCUGAAGAGUUGCUAGCGAAGUUUGUCAAGAUUUUGUGAUAGCUGGAAAAAGAAAUUCAAAAUAAAUUGUUGGGUAAGGUUCACAUUUUUAUAAAAGAUUUCACUGAGUUAGAUCAAACUCUGAUGUACCUAAAUAAAUUCAGCCUGCUUUCUGCCAAUAACUUGUUCAUUGAAAGUUCCUUUCUUGGUCUUAAGACUAAAAAUAACAAUUUAAUAUAUUUCUUGGCACUAAUUAUUUUGAGUUGGCUACAUAAAAUCAAUUCUGUGUUCUUACAAUUAAAACACAUUUAAGGCUGUUUUUGUUAAGCAGUACUUGUGGAUUUGACUUUUAUUCUAUGCUGAUUCUUGCUACAAAUUGUUCUCACCUCUUCCCUUUUCCCACUUGGCUAUCAGUUAAUCACAAUUCCUUUUUCACAUGAAUGUUUGCUGGGAAUAUAAAUUAAGUCAUUCGUAGCAACUGCUACAUUACCAAAACUUGAUGUCGGGUUUUUUCCCCCUUUUCCCUUCAUGAUAGUGAAUUUUUUAUUGUACUUGAAGCAUUCGCUGGCAAGACUGUUACCGUGGAAAUAAUGCAUUUUGUAUGUUGCCAUGAAUUCUGAAGAUUAAAUUCCAACUGCAAGUUUUAGCAGUACUUAACUGAAGUGUUUAUUUAAUUACUGUCUGCAGAAGAAAAAAAUUGAAUUAGCCCUCAGUUUAUUUAAUGUCCAGUACCAUCUUUCCAUUGGAGUACGUAUAUUUUGUAUACCAUAUGGAUGACCUUUUUAGUCAUUUGGAAGUACAGUUUGUUUUAAUUUUGUUUUUUGCAGAACACACACAUUACAAGUUAAUAGCAUCCAUACAUGCACACAUUCAAUAUUCCUCUAUACUCUGCUAGUGUUCAGAAAAUAAAAUUGCUUUUGAUCAGUUAGCACAAAGAAUUUUUUGUACAAUUCAGUUCAAUAUUUGUAUUUUUCUCUUAACAGCUUUAAGAAAAGUGAAGACAUCUGAUAACUCAGAUUGUUUUUGAAGUCUGUAUGGUUGACUUAUUCAUUUUUCAAAUAAACUUUGCUCAUAAGAUAACCUGGCAUUUUAACCAGCGAUCCUCCUUCAUUAGAUUGAUUUUUUUUUUUUUUUUCUUUUUUUUUUUCGACCCUUAAAGUAUUUCACAGCUAUUGGAGACUACAAUAGGUGUCUCUUGCUAGUUUGAGGUGAGAACUUGUGCAGAUUUUGGAAAUAUUCUUUAUUGCACCAAUAAGAAUAUGAUGAAAAGAAACUAAAGCAUUUUUUCUAUGCUGCUCGUGUUCAUAUUUUUAAAAAUAUAUACAGUUAAUGUUGGGAAGAGGUAUUAUACAGAUCCUAUCUUUAACUUUUUAAGACUAUUCUUAAAUUUAAGAUUCUUGUGAAAUCUUUAUAGUUGUUGCUCACAAACUCAAUUUGCAUGUUGCAUUUGAAAAAUGAAUAAAAUCAAUACAAAUAGUGCUCAAACCAAUGUAGCACUUUUCUCUAAGUUUUCUUAGUGUUCAGUUAGAUUAAAGAUUUUGCUUUGAACAUUUUUCUUUUUUACUCAGCCGUAUAACAUUCAAAACUUCUUAGAUUCGUCUCUAGAUGUAGGCACUGGUUUUGAAAGCAAUGAAUUUCACACUAUUAUUUUUUCCUUCUCCAAUUUGAUAGUUUCUAAACAUUAGAUUAGUUUUUAACAUUGUUAAUUAAUCAACUCAUAAUAGUUAACGAAGUUCUGAAUUCUUGAAAUAUUUUAGUACUCUCCUCAAUCCCAGUCAUUUAGUGUAAUAUUUUUCUACUUGUCAGUUUAUUCUGCUUAAAAUUUAGAGUUCAGUUAUGUUGGAUAUAUUUAUAAAUUUUUAACUGAAUAUUUACCAAUCAAAAUUAGUUUCAAACAUUACUUUUCUGACAUCUGGUUCUUAUUAUCAUGGGUAAAUGUUUAUUUUUUAGCUUCUGCUUUUGAGUUGCUUCUUGCAAGUUACUGUAGAAUUAGUACCCAAAUCUCUUCUCUCCCAACCAUUAUUUAUAUUUGCAUGAUAUUCUCAUUUAAUGAAACCAUUUAAAGCUUUUGAUCUCAAGUGAAAAUCAGUUUUAAUAAAAUAAAAUGUUUUACCGAAAGACUUUUACUUCUUAAUUCUAUAUUGAUGAAAAUAUUUUUAUUUUUAAUUUUUAUAUAUUCAAUAGUCUUCAGUGGUUAUUCAGGCAAAGCUUUUAUAGGUUUUGCUAUUUGAUCAUUUUAAAGCUAUUUUCCAUUGGCUAUUUGUCUCAGUUACUGAUGAAAAAAAAAAAACGAAACAAUUUUUCUUCUGUGAAUUCAGUUUCUUAAAGCCAAAUUUAAACAUGUAUUUAAAACAGAUCAAUUUAGUUUCAUAUGAAGUAAGAUUUGCCUUCAAAAUGACAACUUUAGCUUUGUUUACUACUUUGUCCUUAUGGUUCUGGUAUUUGAACUGGCAUGAGGGUCUAUUUUGUAAAUAUGAACUUCGGGAUACCAAACUUGAUUAUCCAACAGCAGUACUUUAACAUUAAAAUUUACUGGACUUAACUGAAUUAAAAUCAAAUGUAUUAUACCUAAGUUCA